CUGCGAUCUGUCCCGCCUCUUUGCUUGAUCUCGCUCAUCUUUCCUCACCACCAGGGCGACCGACUUGAUCUCCCCGUCGUCACCGCCUGUUCCUCUUCCACCACCACCACCACCACCACUACCACCGCGAUCGUCCGCCAUGGCGACAGCGUUUGCCGAAGAAGCCAUCAAGCUCAUCCGUGAGGCCAAGCGACACGCCGAUACCCUGCCGCCCUACAACUCCGAGUGCGUCUCGAACGUCCUGCAAGAGAACCUGCACCUCAACGGACAGAUCCGCAAGAUUGUGGCGACACAGAAAGAGCUGACGCAGUCGUCGCAGAGUGGCCUCUUCGACCUCCAGCAGCAGCAGCAGUACAUGACCACGGCGCUGAUGCACCAGCUCGCCGUCCGCCGCAACGUCCAGUGCCUGCACGCCUACCAUCGCCACCGCAUGAACCUCAUCACGGACCUGAUCUGGGACCUGGGCACGACCUUGGGCCUCCCGCCCGAGCUCAAGGACAACCUGUCGCCGCACGAGAUUCAGUUUCUGGAGGGAUAUCGGGCCCUGGUGCAGGACUACAAGGGCUCGUUCCUGAAUGUGGAUCUGGGCUCGUCCCUGGUUCCGCCCAGGGAUGUCUUUGUAAUGGUCCGGGUGGUCAAGGACUGCGGAGAGAUCAUGACCGAGAAGGGCCCCAUCCAGCUCUCUGUCGGCACAAUGCACUACCUGCGCCGGGUGGAUGUGGAGGCGCUGAUCACCCAGGGCUACCUAAUGCACGUUGGAUAGCGACGGCAUAGGUACGGAGAACAGCACAAUGCCGCUACUGGUGCUGGCUCUGCCGACAUUGAUCAGGAUCUGGAUCUGGAUCUGGAUCUGGAUGGGAACUCUUGUGAGGGCCAAUUCACUGUGCUUGCCUCGGCAUCGGCUCAUCGCCCAC